AUAUGUGUCUAUAACAAAGUAAGUUUGAGUACAUAAUAUUGCAUGCAAAUAUAUGCGGCAAAACUAAAAAGUAAUAAACGGCAAAUGAAAAAAAAAGCUGCUUUAAUUCAAAUAAUUAAAUAUUCGGAGUGACUCACUUUCUUUUUCCCCAGGGACUUCUUACCUAUAAAUAUAACACCUCACCACACCCAUUGUUUCAUUCAUCUUUCCAGCUUUCUUCACUUUUUCCUUUAUAUAAAGUUAGAAAAACAAAAAAAACAAAAUAGUUAGAAAAAAUCUGAGAGAAACAGAAGAAACAUAAAAAAAAUGAGGCCAUUGAGCAUUAAACCAACAUCGUUAGAUGUAGCUAGACAUGCCACAUCAGUAGAAUCAUUUGGGAAUCACCGACCGCCGAUAUCGCCGUGGCACUCACCGGUGCCGUACCUAUUCGGUGGUCUUGCGGCGAUGUUAGGCCUCAUAGCCUUCGCUUUACUUAUCCUAGCCUGCUCUUACUGGCGCUUGUCAACCUCCGGUGAUGACUCCGGCGAAAGAGUCGACGAGGAAAAAGAGAGUCGGUCUGGAGUGAAGGCGGCUAGCGCGGCGUGCGAGGAGAAGGUUCUUGUCAUAAUGGCCGGAGAUGACUUGCCGAGGUUUCUGGCCACGCCGGCGGCGAACAAAUGCAUGUGCGGUCACGAGGGUAGAAUGGUAAUUUUCAAGGAGGAUGGUAUUGGUGCUGGAGAGGAGAAAAUGGGAGACAGAGAGAAAGCCAAAGAAAAUGAAGAAACAACGAGUCAGUGAGCUUUUUUGUUUUCUUUUCUUCUCUCAGUCUUGUCUUUUUUUUUUUGUUGGGGAAUUUUCCUUCGUGUUUUCACGGGAAAUGUAAAAUUUACUGAGAGAAAAUUUUGGGUUAUGAUUAAUGAAUGUUUGCUUGUAAUUUCCUAUCCCCAAUGGUGGAAAACUCGUUUUUAGUUUUUGUAAUUCUCAAAAGUGUGAUAGGUAACCUUUCUCAUACAGCUUUAAUACCAAUCAGUAAUAGAGUAAACUAAAACGGAAUAACAUAAUAGUACUUAAAAUUCUUACAAUUUUAU